AUGAAGGGUCCCAAGAGCGGCGACUCAACACACGAAGCUGUAAGAAAGCAUGUCAAUGUGUCCAACUUCCUUCCGGUGCCGGCCAAGCGUGCACUUCCCCUUCCUUCCUUUUCCCAGCAUCUGCUGACAUGGAUAUCAAAUCAUUUCCGAGAUGCUCACCCGGAGGCAUUCAAGAAAGAUGUAGAAGCUCUAGUAGCGAUGAGGAAAGAGUGGGUGGAAGCUAAAGCUGAGGGACACCCGGAGAUUGUAAGAGGCUUAAUGAGAUAUCAUGCUCAGUUGGCAUUCCUAUCCACUAAAUUCCCCUCCGACAUAUCACUGCAAUUCACCUAUCACUUGCCUUUCCCUCCCACAUACUCGCUAUCACCCGAUGCACCUGUUUCUUUAGCAUCGAUAACGUUCGAAAGGGCCAGUGUGCUAUUCAACAUAGCGGCAUUGUACGCUUCGAUGGCUGCUGCUGAGAGGAGAGCGGAAGCGGAGGGAAUCAAGAGAGCGUUGGGAUACCUUACAUCUGCAGCGGGGGUACUAGAAUAUCUAGUCAACAAUAUCUUACCAACUCUACAAUCUGAGCUCUCGUCUCCACAUGCAGCAGGGUACGACAUGUCGGAGUCUUUCUUAGCGACAAUAAAGGAAUUUGUACUCGGAGAAGCUCAGGAAUGUUAUUGGCAGCAAGCUGUCUUACAGGGCACAUACAAGAAUGGGUUGAUAGGUAAACUUUCGAUGAAAGUCUCAGAAUACUAUAAAGCCGCUUUCACAUCGAUGAACGGCACAGAUUAUCCAUCUUCAUCCUCCUUCCCUGCUAAUUGGAUCGCUCAUAUCACAGUGAAACAAUGUCAUUUCGAAGCUGCCGCGCAGUAUAGAUUGAGUCAAGAGGAUUUAGAAAAGAGCAGAUAUGGUGAAGAAAUCGCUAGAUUGAGAGUUGCCGAAGGAUUGGCUAAAAAGGGUCUUGAAGCUGGUAAGAAAGGUGUAGCGGACUCGGUGCUAUCAGACUUGAAAAACCUCCAAUCAGCUGUCAAAUCGUCCUUGGAGAGGGCGGUACGAGAUAACGACCUGGUAUAUGUCUGUCCGAUUCCACCUGCCAACCAGCUUCCCCCUAUAUCCGGAGUCGGUAUGAUCAAGAUAUCUAUACCGACUGAAGUGUCUGAUCCAAUCGCUUGGUUGAUGGGUGGAGGUGCUGGUAUGCAAGCGCUGUUUAGCGCUUUGGUACCAUAUGGUGUACAUCUGGCUUUGAGUAUAUAUGAUGAUAGGAAAGACACUCUCGUUAGAGAGCUAGAUGGAAAAAGAGAAGAGCUUGAUGGCGUGGCCGCUAGUACACUCCAAUCUCUUAACCUGCCCGGUUCGAUACAAGCGCUCGAACGACCUGUGGGUCUACCCCCAUCAUUGCUCAAGAAAGCGGAAGAGGUGGAUUCGGCAGGCGGAGUUGAUAGAAUCAGGAAUUUGUUGACUGAAGUAGCGAGAUUGUCCAAGGCAAACGCCCAAUCCUUGAAUGAGGCCAUGGAUAUACUCGACCAAGAAGCAACCGAGAAUGAGACCCUUCUCUCUCGACAACCUGAACUUCAGUCAGGUCGACCACCGUCACACAUAGCUAAUCAGCCAUUGAUAGCUACUGCUCAGCAGUACGAUGCUACCAUCAAACAGGCUUCAGCAAGUGACGGUACUGUCAGACAGAAGUGGGAAGAGUGGGGUCAGCUGAUCGACAUCCUUGCCGGUGGAGAAGAUGCGAUCAACGACUAUGUCCCUUCAACCUCCUCAUCCCACAACGGCUAUUCAUCCCUUCCUCCGUCGGUACGACCUAUCCGAGCGUCAUUGGAAGGUUUGGACGAUCGUAUAGCCCACCGAGCAAGACUGGUGAAUGAAGCUAGGGAUAUAGCUGCAGCUGAUGACAUCCGCCCAGCUGUGCUGACUGAAGCUACUCGACUGGCUCACGGUGGAACAGGAGAUGUGAAGACGGAAUGGUUCGAAGAUCUCUUCGGACGAAAUUUGGAAAAAUACGAUAGGAUCAGAGAAGAGAUGGAAGCUGAGGGCAGUGAACAGAAUGCGCUAUUGGAACAGAUCCGGGGCCAGAACGAAUCAUUCAUAUCUGAACGGAAGGAGGAUCCAAUAGUCAAGGAACGUGAGAGGCGGCUGCAAGAUAUGGAUCUGGCGUACUGGAAAUGGAGAGAAAUCGUCGAUAAUGCCGAAGAAGGUAUCAAGUUCUAUAAUUCGUUUGCGGACAUGUUGAAUCAGUUCAAAGGGACAUGUACUCAAUUCUUGAAUUCUAGGAGAGUUGACAUUGGCCAAAUAACGCAACAAUUCCACAAUGUUUCGUUUGAAGACCAUUCUCCAUCACAUUCUCAAUCGCCCACACCACCUCAACGGUUUGUCCCUCAGCCCUCACAGCAAAGACCGCCUUCUCCACCCAGGACACUCUCCCUGGCGCAUCCCUCGUCAGGCCAGUGGCAAUCUUCCUCAGAUUUCUUACCUCCGCCUCCACCUCCACCCAUCCUUCGAUCAGGUGGGAUACAAACCCAACCUCGCUCUGCCCCUCCUCCUCCAGCUGGCUCAACACCACGGCGAGUCACCAGGGCUUCUGCUGCUGCGAUUAGGGGCCCAAUAGGAGAUGCAGAGAAGAAUCCUUAUAGUCAAGGGACGAGAAGGGGUGGUGGGGGUGUUGUGUAA